UAUUAUUAAGUCGGAAAUUUAUUUAAGCAUCGGAUACAGUUUGUUGUGGGAAUUAGUUGUCCGUAGGUCGCGGUACAAUUUGUGUAUUAAAAUUAUUUCACGGAGGAGGUGCAAUAAAGGUUCAAGAGUCUUAAGUUGACACUUGCAAUCGAGUUCGGAAUUCUAAUAAUGUUUAUUAAGUGCUAGAAAAAAUUUUCAGAUAAAAUAAAUUAAAUCACUCCAUCAUCAUGGGAGACAUGUUCCGCAGUGAACGAAUGGUUCUUUGUCAAAUGUUUGUCCAACCCGAAGCAGCUUAUCCGACAGUUUCAGAAAUGGGUGAAGUUGGAUGUGUUCAAUUUCGUGAUCUCAACGAUGGUGUAAGUUUAUAUCAACGAAAAUUCGUUAGUGAAAUUCGUCGUUGUGACGAAUUGGAAAGAAAAAUUCACUACAUUACAAACGAAUUAAAAAAAGAAGAAAUAUUAAUACCAGAAAUGAACAAUGAAACUGAUAUUCCACGAGCUUUGAAUCCUAAAGAAAUGAUCAAUUUAGAAGCUCAUUUAGAAUCGACCGAAAGUGAAAUGCUUGAAUUAACCGAAAAUGAGGACAAACUUAGAGCGAAUUUUAACGAACUGAACGAAUUACGUCAAGUUUUAGAAAAUACCGAAGGAUUCUUUUCCGAUCAGGAAGUUCUGAAUUUAGACUCGAACCGUGCGGGUUCAAAUGAAACACUUGUAAAUAAAAAUGAACGUGGAGAAUUGGCUUUUGUAGCGGGUAUCAUAAAACGGAGUAGGGUCUUUGGUUUCGAACAAAUGCUCUGGCGUAUAUCACAUGGAAAUGUAUUCUUAAGACAGGCUCAGUUGAAAGAACUUUCCAUCGAUGAAAGUCAGAAGAUAGUUUUCGUUGCAUUCUUUCAGGGAGAGGAACUUAAGACUAGAAUCAAAAAAGUCUGUACAGGUUUUCGAGCUACCAUGUACCCGUGUCCAAGUUCUCAUGCUGAACGCGAUGAAAUGAUCGCCGAUGUUCGAGCCCGUUUGGAAGACUUGAAAAUGGUUUUAAAUCAAACCAACGAUCAUCGACGUAGAGUAUUGAUAAAUGUUUCAAAAAACCUACCAACUUGGAGCUUCAUGGUUAAAAAAAUGAAAGCCAUUUAUUACACCCUUAACUUGUUUAACAUAGACGUCUCUCAGAAAUGCAUGAUUGGAGAAUGUUGGCUACCAACAAGAGACUUGAAAAUCGUACAAGAUGCCUUAGCUCGGGGAUCCGCAGCAGUCGGAAACUCAAUAACAUCGUUUUUGAACGUUAUCGAGUCCAAUGAGUCACCGCCAACUUAUAAUAGAACGAAUAAGUUUACUCAAGGUUUCCAGAACCUUAUUGAUGCCUACGGAAUAGCUUCGUACCGUGAAAUAAAUCCAGCCUUGUACACAAUUAUUACUUUUCCAUUCUUGUUCGCCGUGAUGUUUGGUGAUGUUGGACAUGGAUUGAUCUUGCUCCUGUUUGGAGCUUGGAUGUGCAUUUGGGAGAAAAAGUUGUCAAAAAUUCAAGGCGGUGGAGAAAUUUGGUCGAUCUUCUUCGGUGGAAGGUACAUUAUUCUACUCAUGGGAAUGUUUUCGAUGUACACAGGAUUCAUUUAUAACGAUGUAUUUUCCAAGUCUAUGAACAUUUUCGGUUCUGGUUGGCGAAUUCACUAUAACUAUUCUACGAUCUUGGAAAAUCCUUCGCUACAACUUAACCCAAAGAACUACACAGUUGGAACCUACGCAAUGGGAAUUGAUCCAAUUUGGCAAUUGGCAGAGAACAAGAUCAUCUUUCAGAAUUCUCACAAAAUGAAACUAUCCAUUAUUUUCGGAGUGGUUCAUAUGCUUUUUGGCCUUUUCUUGAAUUUAGUGAAUCACAUUCAUUUCCGUCGAUGGGGAGCGAUAUUCAUGGAAUUCAUUCCACAGGUGUUAUUCUUGGUUCUCCUUUUUGGUUAUAUGGUCUUUAUGAUGUUUUUCAAAUGGGCCAAGUUUAAUGCUCGAACUGAUGUCUUUAUGGACAAUCCGGGAUGUGCUCCUUCAGUUUUAAUUAUGUUUAUUGAUAUGAUGUUGUUUAAGGCAACUCCACCAUUGGAACAUUGCAAAGCGUACUUGUUUGAUAAACAGAAGUUGAUGCAGUUGGGAUUGGUUGCAAUAGCGAUUUUUUGUAUUCCAUGGAUGUUGUUUUCGAAGCCAUUAUUUGUUUAUAUGGAAAGGAAGAAAAGGAGUCAGUUGAUGAAUGACUCCAAUCAUGAAGAUGAAGAACCAAUGAGUGAAAUUUUUAUCGAACAAGCCAUUCACACGGUGGAGUAUGUUCUUAGUACGAUUUCACAUACCGCUUCGUAUUUGCGUCUUUGGGCUUUGUCCUUGGCACAUUCUCAACUUUCCGAAGUCCUUUGGAGUAAAUUGUUGUCAACUAUAUUAACCAUAAAUCAUCCUUUAAUUGGUCCUAUUCUCUUGUACAUUGAUUUUUAUUCGUGGGCAUUUUUUACAUUUGCAAUUUUGGUUUUAAUGGAAGGUUUGUCGGCAUUUUUGCAUACUUUACGUUUGCAUUGGGUUGAAUUUAUGAGCAAACAUUAUAAAGGUGAUGGAUAUGCUUUUGCUCCAUUUAGUUUUAAAACAAUACUCAAGGCUGAAGAGGAAGAAUAUUCAUAAAAAAUGUGAUGGUAUUUUAAAUUUAUUUGCAAAAUAAAACAAUAGAAGUAAGUUUAAUAAAUAG